AGAUACUCUAUCUACCACUGCCCUUUUUCUGUUGCACCUUGUUUCUCUGCAUCUAUCAUUCUAUCCAACUCCUCCUGCACUGCACUGCUGCUAUCACAACAAAAAGUUCCAUCAAUGCACUUGUGCUCAACAUCUUUUUAGCUCUUACUGCAGCACUUUCUCAUUCAUGGCUGCUUUUCUGUACUUCCACUGCCUCUUUUCACUGCAUUUUCCUUUAUCUCUUAUGUUCUUCUUGUCCUUGCUAGUCAAGUUACUUUACUCAACUUUCUUUAGCAUUUGCUUUGGUAAUGUAAUUGCAUUGGUUUUAAAUUAUGUUCCCUCAUGGUUUUGCAUUCUUUUCGGAACGUAAUAUAUGAUCCUGAUAAGCCUUCAUCGUAAUAACUAGGUGUAUUAGAAGAACCGGCAGCUUAACAGUUAACACCCCCUUUAGAAAUUGACAGUUCACCCUUAUUACUUGAUGUGGUUUAGUGAUAUAUUAGGCCAGAGUGUACAAAAUUUACUUCAUCCUGUUUAACCGUUAAGAUUAAGCCUACUUCUUUACCCUUUGAUUUGGUGAGCUGUUAAUAUCUUGGAGAUUGCGGGCCAAUUUUCAAACAGUUUUUAAACUCAUUGUUUAUCUUUCAAUAUAGUUAUUUGUUUUCAUGUUGUUAUGAAGCAAUUGUCAUUUGGUUAUUCCUUCCUUUUGUGUUUGGUACAUAAUUUUCCAUCAUUUUUUUUUAAUUUUAAAGCCUUCACAUACAUUAGCAAAAGAAAGAAAGAAAGAAAAAGAAUCAGCGUCAAAGACAUCUUUGUGGUCUAGUAAUUUUUUUUUACUUCAUAUAUAUCUUUUUUGAAUACAUAGAAUUUACAGAGUUUUGGUUACGUACUUUGUUAAGUACAAUGUACAGCUGAUGAAUUUUGUUUUGUUUUAGGGGGGAAUUGUAGAUUUGUGAGAGCAUUGCAAGUAUUUUGCAACUUAAUUCCGAGGACUUGGAUUAAAGUGGUUCAACUGAAAGUUGGAUCAAACGUGUUUUAUUUGAGUCGUUUAUUGUGGUAAUAAGAAAAAGUAAAUGUAUGGAUCCGAGGAAUGCCAUGUCGUUGUCAGGGUCACCUCCAUACUAUAUGCAGAGAGAAAUAUCCGCUUCGGUGUCAGGGCAAGGUCCAGGGACAGAGCCAGGGUUUUUAUUUAGUCCUGAUGAUCAUUUUCAAACAAAUAUGGGUAGUACUUCAUUUGGAUCAACACUACAAGUGGACUCUUCAUUCACAACUUCACCACAUGGGGUUAAUGUAGGAGCACCAGCAGCUGUGGCGGUGCCUGAGCCUCUGAGACGAAGAAGGGGAAGACCUCGCAAAUAUGGACCUGAGGGUGUGGCUUCUUUAGGGUUGUCUCCCUCUUCUUCCUCAUCUCUUAGUAAGUUAAUGCCAUUUCAGAAGCGUGGUAGAGGACGGCCAGCAGGAAGUGGUAGAAAGCAACAACAAUUAGCUCCGCUUGGUGCAUGGCUCUCUGGUACAGCUGGGAUGGGUUUUACCCCACAUGUCAUCACCGUAGCAGUAGGAGAAGACAUUACAGCAAAAAUAAUGUCAUUUUUGCAGCAAGUGUCAAGAGCUAUCUGCAUAUUGUCAGCCACUGGUGUAAUAUCUACAGUAACUCUUCGUCAACCAUCGACCUCUGGAGGCACCCUUACAUACGAGGGCCGUUUCGAGAUAUUGUGUCUGUCAGGCUCCUACUUGCACUCUGAUGUUGGUAGUUCCCGGGGCCAAACUGGUGGCCUGAGUAUAUCCCUUGCCAAUCCUGAUGGUGGCGUUAUAGGCGGUGGAGUUGGGGGAGUACUUAUUGCUGCAAGUCCUGUUCAGGUAAUAAUAGGGAGCUUUAUGUGUAGCAGUCCUAAGACGAAGAGUGUUGCAAAUGCAGAUAACACAGAUCACCAGAUAGGUGAAAACCCAAUAAAUCAAGUGCAUUCUCAUCUGAGUUAAGGUCUCAGUCCGACUUCAAUAUGUGGUAGGUCGUCUUCAAGUUCACAAGAUGCAAGAUUUCUUGUUGAUAGUGUUUAACAUUUACUUUGGUGCGGUUGACAUUUCCGUAGUAUGCAGAUGCACAUUGUGUACAUAUGUAUAUACCAUUUCAAACUAGACAAGUAUGUAGAUAGAUGUUCAACUAUAGCACAAGAUACUCAACUCUGUUUCUCAUCUUGACUGUUUGGAUGUCGGACGCUCCCGUAGACAGUUAAUUCUGAACGUGUUUAAUGCCAAAUUAGCUGAACUAGUUGCUAUGCAGUUUCAUAUAUUUAUAAGUA